GAAGUCAUUGCCUCGCAGCCACUCAGUGCCGGGCUGAAGCUGAGGGAGCGCUGUGGGCUCCACAGUUCAGGAUCACAGGAUCUCUGGAGCCGCGGAGACUCCUCAGCACAGUCCGCUCAGGUUCACAGCUGCAGCAGCCCCGCUUCAGUCUGCUCCAAUAAGCCCGCAUGGAGAUACCACCAACCACGACACCAUGCACCAAUGAAAGCUUCAACACACCGUCUUUUGUGUAGUCUGAGGGUGGAAAAAGUCUGCAAGAUCACUUUGCUUUGCUCCUCUGAGGUGGACCGAGCGUCAAAGGAUUUUUUUUUUCCUCCUCUCCUUUUUCGGAAAGCCUGUUUCUCUUUCUCCUUCCGCCUCUCGCAGUCCCAGCUCGAUUUUUUGACUUUUUUUUUUUCCUUGGAAAGAAAGCGCUGCUGUUUCCCCGAGUCUACCUGCUCGUCCAGCACCCAUGAAUUCAGAUAAAAAUGUGUACCUCGGCAGAGACAAAGGCAUCAUGCGGAAGAGAGCCUUGCUCCUCCGGAAAGGUUGCAGCUUCGAGAUUACCAGCUCUGCCUCGGAGGACUUGGGCUGCAGGCGUGGAGACUUCAGCAGGAAACACUAUGGUUCAGUCGAGCUGCUAAUUUCCAGUGACGCAGAUGGGGCCAUUCAGAGGGCAGGACGCUUCAGGGUGGAGAAUGGCUCGUCAGAUGAGACUUUGGACUACACUCCGGGAACCUGGAGGAGAACCGAUGUCCAUCUGGAGAAUCCAGAGUACCACACCAGAUGGUUCUUUAAAUACUUCCUGGGAAAAGUCCACCAGAACUAUGUGGGUACAGAUGCAGAGAAGAAUCCCUUCUACCUGUCAGUCGUCCUCUCAGACCAGAAUAACCAGCGGGUUCCUCAGUACAGAGCCAUCCUCUGGAGAAAGACGGGCACUCUGAAGAUCAGCCUCCCCUACAGCCCGACCAAAACACUAUCAGUCAAGUCCAUCCUAAGUGCAAUGAACAUGGACAGGUUUGAGAAAGGCCCCAGGGAGAUCCUCAACCCGGAGAUUCAGAAGGAUCUGCUGGUGUUGGAGGAACAGGAGGGUUCUGUCAACUUUAAAUUUGGCGUCCUGUAUGCCAAAGACGGACAGCUCACAGAUGACGAGAUGUUUAGCAACGAGACGGGGAGUGAGAGCUUCGACAAGUUUCUCAAUCUGCUGGGAGAUUCCAUUACGCUGCAGGGAUGGGCAGGUUACCGCGGAGGGCUAGACACCAAGAAUGACACUACAGGAAUUAAGUCCAUCUACACAGUGUAUCAGGGCCAUGAGCUCAUGUUCCAUGUUUCCACCAUGUUACCCUACUCUAAAGAGAACAAACAGCAGGUGGAGAGAAAGAGACACAUUGGAAAUGACAUUGUUACCAUAGUAUUCCAGGAAGGGGAUGACGCAUCGUCGUCCUUCAAACCGUCUAUGAUCCGAUCGCACUUCACCCAUAUUUUUGCAUUAGUUAGGUAUAAUAGCCAGAAUGACAGUUACAGGUUGAAGAUAUUCUCAGAGGAGAGUGUUCCACUGUUUGGACCCCCUCUCCCAUCUCCGCCUGUAUUUACUGAUCACCACGAAUUCAGGGACUUUUUAUUAGUCAAAUUAAUCAAUGGAGAGAAAGCCACACUGGAGACGCCAACAUUUGCCCAGAAGCGUCAGCGGACCCUUGACAUGUUGAUCCGCUCGCUCUACCAAGACCUCAUGCCUGACCUGCACAAGGUUCCUUUUUCUCCUCAGAACAUGCUAAAUCGGCGGUCCUUCAGCGACGUGCUGCCUGAGUCUCCAAAGUCGGCACGCAAGAAGGAGGAGGCACGGCAGGCCGAAUUUGUCAGAAUAGGGCAGGCUCUGAAGCUGAAGACCAUUGUGAGAGGAGAUGCCCCAACUAGCCUUGUUACCACAGGCCUGUGCAGAAAAGAGCCAUGGGAGUCCCAGCCGUUCUGCAGCACAUUCCCCUAUGAGAUCGUGUGUGCUGACUCCUGGGGUCAGUCUCUGCUGGCCGCCACCGACGCAGCGGGAGUCAUGCUGCUGGAUGGCCCUGAUCCAGCUUUGCCCAAUGCUGAGACGCAAGCUUUGCCCCCAGUGCAGGUGUUUGACAAAACCAUGGUGGUGAAGCAGAUGCACGUUCUCGAGCCUCAGGACCUGCUUAUCACCAGGGCUGACAAAGGAAAGGACGCUCGGCUCUAUGUGUUCAGACUCAGCACGCUCAAGAGAGGCCUGGAGGAGAAGCAGCUCGUCAGAAGCAAGUGUGACAGCCGGGAGAAUAAACUGGAGAAAACUAAAGGCUGUCAUUUGUACUCUAUCAACACCCACCACGGCUCAGAGCUGAGGAUAGUAGCAGCCAUCAGGAACAAACUCCUCCUCAUCACCAGGAAACAUCCCCGUUUUGAAGGUUUCAGCGCUAUCGCGCCUGGAGCAGACUCACCGGUGGAGGAGUUUCAGUACAUACGGGAGAUCUGUCUGUGUGACCCGCCGGUGGUGAUGGCGCUGGUGGACGGGCCGACGGGGGAAAAUGACAAUAUGAUCUGUGUGGCCUACAAACAUCAGUUUGACCUGAUCAAUGAGAGCACUGGAGAUGCCUACCGGCUACAUCAUGUAGACGCAAACAGGGUAAAUUUUGUAGCAGCCAUUGAUGUGUAUGAAGACGGGGAGGCAGGUCUGCUGUUGUGUUACAACUAUAUUUGUUACUAUAAGAAAGUUUGUCCGUUUAACGGUUCCACGCCGAUGAUACAGUCCAACACCUCCGACUUCCACUUCAGCUGGAACCAGAUGCCCAAUGCUAUUGUCUGUGCAUUUCCUUACAUCCUUGCCUUCACAACGGACUCCAUUGAGAUCCGACUGGUGGUCAAUGGCAACCUUGUAUACACAGCAGUGGUCCCAGAGCUACAGUUGGCUGCUUCACGGUCGGACAUCUAUUUUGUUUCGUCGGCUCCGGUGAGCUCAGCCUCCAACUGCAGUUCGAGAGACACCAGUUCCCAGAGUUCCCCGCAGACGCCCACUGGCUACGAGAUGCCAGUGUUCCCCUCACCGCUUGGUGAUGAUUCUAUACGGAUCCCCUAUGGUACCAAGCUUUCCCUGUACAUGUCUAAGGAUGCCGAAGGUGAGGCAGCAUGUAAGCACAUGUUCAAGAUCCCUCUGUGUAACUUAGUCGGCCGUAGCAUCGAAAGACCCCUCAAGUCACCACUGGUCAACAAGGUUCUGACGACGCCGGCACCCACCAUGGUGCCCCCGACUCCCCUCAUCUCUGCUACACACUCACUGUCCCUGUCCCGCAUGGAGAUCAAAGAGAUAGCCAGCCGCACACGGAAGGAGCUGCUGGGCUUGACAGAGGAACCAAGUGGGAAGUCAGACAGUGGAACAGUCAAACAGAGGAAGAUGAGCAAGAAGAACACUGAGGAGGAGCCCAAAGCACGAGCACUGACGUCAACAAACAGUGACAGGUUAGCCUCAGAGUCUGUUGAAACCGACUUGGACGUCCAGCUGCAUUGUUCAUCCAGUUCUGAGGCAGAGCCAGAGAAGGUGGUGCUGCGAGCAGAGAGUCCGCCUCUCGCCAGCGCCUUUGCCCUCUCCACGUCCUUGAAGAAGAUGUCCUGGACCUAAAGUGAAGACAAUCCCGUCGUGCACUUCUCUGCCCACCCACUCCUGUACUGUCACCAUUAUUUUAUUGUUUUGGUUGGUUUGCUAUUAAUUUGUUUUAUCUUGUCUUUUUUGUUUUGUUUAUAUCCCUGUAUCCUGGGUCUCCCAGUUCAAUGCACAAGAUGGGUGCAGUGGGAGAUUUGUCUGUGUUCUUGUUUGCUUUCACGAGCAGUCCCUCAGCCACUGAGUGUUGGGUGUUUGUGUUGCCCCGCAGCAAAUAACCCAAAGAGGCGAUGAGGUUGUGUAAGAUGCCAGGGUUUAUUCAGACUUCUUUAACAGCCUUGAUAUAAUGUUAACGGUUUGAUCCCAAACCACAAACUGAAUGUAAAUCUGCGCACCGAGGCACAACAAAAAUCUCGUUCACAAUGCCCUCUGAAGUUGCUAGAGCUUAAUAUGUGUUGUAUAUUAUGUGAUUAUUUCCAAUUCACUUUCAAAUGUUGUAUGAUAUGCAUAUGUAUGUGUACAUCUGUUUAUACAUGAAAAUGCAUACACAGUGACAGGCGUAUAUGCCUGUCAUGCCUGCAAUGCAUAUUUAUAGAUAUAUUAUAAAAAUUCAUUUUAUUCCCAUAUUUAGUAAAAGUAUGAUGUUUUAUGCUCUCUGCACAUAUUAGUCCUUAUUCCUCUCCUUAUUCACAGUAUACAGGUAGACAGGGCUGGAGGCAAAGUCUCCCACAAGUGCCAUUUCCCAGCAUCCUCCACUAAACUACACUUCUAACAGCCACCGUAUUCUGGUGUCUGACAGUAGCAGCCAUGAUUGUAGUCCACAUUAGAUUACUAUGGUGACCCACAACUCCAUUCAGCUUGGAUAAAUUCACUUACUGGAGGCACUCUCUCAAAGCCACAUGCUCUCAAAAUUCUACCCCAUGAGAAUGAGCCAACCUUAAAUCUGCAUGACCUGCCUUUGCUACAACUAUUGUGUCUUCUGCUCCAAAAAAUAUCUUCUUUGGAAACCAUGAGGUCUGCGACAUCAUACCAAACAUAGCAGAAUAAAGCAAACCACAACCUGAGACGACAGAAAGAGUGGAGAUGUUAAAAGGACUAAUGCCUUUAGUACGAUGGUACAAGAAGGAAAGAAAGAAUUAUAGACAAAGCUAAACAUUUUAGCUUAAAACUAGUUAAAAUACAGUAUAUUGUCAUAGACUGAAAUGAUUGAGACUCAAAGUGAGCUAAAACUUGACUACUAAAUACACUUCAAUAAAAUUGUUGAAUAUUUUUCCACAUCCCAUAUAUAUAUAUAUAUAUAUAUAUAUAUAUAUAUAUAUAUAUAUAUAUUAUAUUGCACAGCCGAAAUAACCAUUUUAGGGAUUCAGCAUUCACUGUCAGUAUAGCUACUUUAAAACUGAAUGUUUUUGUGAUUUAAAAUCUUAGCCACAGAGGGGUUUUCCAGUUUUAGAGUCCAAAUGCCCUGCUGGUUUUCAUUCCAGAUGUCAAGUAAAAGACUCAUUUACAGCUGGGACACCUGGUCCAGGGGUACAGCUAUGAAUUAUGAGCCAAUUCACCAGACACCGCUGACCAUGUGUGCAUUGACAAACAGCUACACACGUCUUGAAAGCCAACAUGUCUGCACAUACUGUAGUUUAUAUUACUGAUCAGUUAUCAGACAGGCCCCUAACUGAACUGGUUUUUGGUCAGACACUGACAGUUAUUAGUUGUAACCAAAUUUGCUGGUCAUCCUCAUUCAAAAUCUGUCUAGGAAGGGCAACUUUUAGUCAGAACAGGGAAUUUAGUAUUGCACUUCCAUAAAGUUGGAGGAAUCAGAGGAGACAGAUAUUUUGACUUUUAGUCUCUAGUCUGGCCCAAGCUCCAAAGAUGACAGAUCCUACAUUUCCCAUAAUGCAACUCAAUAGUGUUUUUCAUUAGACAAGCUCUAAAUGUCCACUUCUUUCAAACCCCACACUUCCACUUUUCUGUUAAAAAAAAAAAUGUAUGCUGCUUUUUGUAUCCUAAACUCUUCUUAAAAAAAUCUCUUCAACUUCCGCUUCUCCAUAAUUUUCAUUCUUCCUGCAUAAUUUGUUUUCAUCAAACCGUAGAAAAAUACGUCUUUCAAACAAUGGUACUAUCCCAGCGACCGCCCCACUGACUCCAAUGUUAACUGACACCAGACAUUUCAGGAGAUUUUAACAUUUCUGACACCACAAACACAUAUUAAGGCGAUAGGAAUUACACUCUUUGAGUAAUACACUAGAGUUUGAGUGGCGCCUCUCAGCUUAAUCUCUGUUAAUUGAACUGUCUGACCCAGGAGUCACGCCCUGACCAUCACCACGGUAACCAUUAAUUGCAGGUGGCAACACACAGCUGAUUAAGAUUUGCUGAUGAGGCCGCUUCUCUGAUCUCUGUGGUGUCACUGUAGCUUUAUAACAGAUCUGUUACUUAACUAACUAUAACAUAUGCCUACAUACACGAUAGGAAAAACACAUGCAUGCACGCUCUUUUAAAUGUAUUAAAAAAAAACAUUCACUGGCAUGUCUCACAGGUUUUAGUGAUAUAAAUAACACAUGGUCAUAGACACACAUAGACCCACACACAGAGAAACAACUCAAAUCCCUCUAGUACAGGGCGUGUAUUACCUUUAUUCCUACAAGGACACUGAAUUAUCCCUACACUUAAGCUAAUUUAAGUCCUUGUACUAAAACUAAACCUUUAUCCCUUUGCUAAUACCCCCCCAACUCUUCAUACUCGUUCGUAUAAAGUUAAGCCAGCAAGGCAACUCAUCCAGUUAUCAAGCAACGCUGUUUAAGCAAUACAGCUCUGUGUCAGCUUACCAGCAGCCAGCAAUCCCACAGCAGUUUAUUCAGAAAUUGCAUUCUCUAGAAUAAAUAAACUAUUUCUUCGUACUGAGGAAGUUAAAUGAGUCAUGUGAGUCAGUGUGAAUCGAAGAUGAAACCGGGAAAGUGUUCUGAAUAAUGAACACUAGACAGGAAAACUCAAAGAGAAAGCUUUAAGGAUCCACUGAUGGGUAGGGAAACAAACUGGGAGCUGUGGUUCUGACUUUGCUAAUGUAGGUAUGAGAGCGCCUCUAUGUGGAGGUUUCACAACACAGCAGCCUUCAGAUCUUGCAUGAGCCUCCUCCUUUCCCCUCACGCAAUUCCUCUGUUCUCCUCCUGCCUGUCUCAGUGUGAACCCCUCCAACACUAUAACACAAGUCAGAAAAACUAAAAAGGGAAAAAGAAGGGGGAUUUUUACAAAGGUACUCUACUUUAGUGUUUAUUACUCUGAAUGAGUGUGGGUGACUGGGGGAUGCCUGGCAGUUACAGUUUGUGACACUGCUUCUCCCACUUAUGAUGUUCCUAUUUCUCCUGUAUUUCUGUCGAGUACUCUUUGUUCCUACCUCCCCUUGGCAUUUUCACUGUUUUUUGUUUUGUUUUUUUUUUGUAUUUGAAUCUAUAUUUACUGUUUAGACUGUUGCUGAACUUCUCUGUGAUAUCAAAAUGAAAGAAAAUUAACAAAAAAAACACCAAGUGUCUUAAAAUAUUGUAUCGCCAUCGUUUUUAAUGCCAAGUACUACUUGUAAAUGUUUGUGUAUCAAAUGUGGCCUCAAAUGAAACUGAACUAUAUUAUUAUUAUUAUUAUUAUUAUUUGAGCAAUUAUUUUAAACAAGUGCUGUAGACCACUGCUGUGAAAGUAGUCGAUUCUGUUCAUUGAUAUGUAAUAAAUAUUUAUGAAAUUUGAA